AACGUUGUAGAUCCAUGCAUGUUAUAGGUGUGUGUAUUCAAUCAAUACGCCCGCGUCCAUGCACACGGCGGAGACACGAACGUAUUAGAGUCAUAAUUUUAAACAUGAAAGACAAUAAUAUAAAAAACAAUAGAAUCGGACACAAUGGGAUUCCUCGAGAUGCAACUUCGAGCCAGGUGAAUGAGGUGAAGUGGACAAUGAUGAGGCGACCAGCUCUCUCGCUCCCUUUCUCGCGCCAACAUGGUCACGUGGCAGCGGAGCGAGCGCGAGACGGACACCGAGAAGAAACAGCUGAUCUCGUAUAGAGGAGUGUCCAGAGUGGAGCACCUCCGGGACAAGGGAGACUACUUCGCACGCGUUCAUUGACGAGUGUUGACGGGUCAUCAUGGGUCAUCAGAUGUCAAAAUGACAGGCGGACCGCGACAGGCGAUGCGCGAACGUGUCACGCGCCAGACGCGGACGAUUACCGCGCUAUCGCGCGAAUACUGGCGACACUAGUGCCGUGUUAAUCGAUGGUGACAGGCGGCCAGAGGACGGAACGGGCGGCGAGGGCAGAAACUCCGGGCGGAACGCCGCAAAGUGCGCCAAUCGCUAACCUCUUCUUUUGCCCGCGAUCGAGUUCCGCGAAUACCGGGAGUAAACAGACUGUUUCGACAGUCUCGAAGAGUCGCCCGAAGGAAUGUCUCCUUCCCCUUUUCUUUCCCUUAAUUAACGAAUCGAGAAAGUUCGAGAGAAAGAGAGAGAGAGAGAGAGAGACUUGGGAGUAAUAAAUUAAUCAAUCUUGAGGGACAGAAUUUUCUAUUUAUUGAUCCGCGGAGAGACGGAUUAACAAUAGUCAUGCGAUCGCGUGGAGGUGAGAAGGGAGAACAAUACUUUCGAAGAAAACGAAAUUAUUAUUUUUAAUUGAAACUCGUGAGAGAGCUCUGUCCAUCUACCUGUAUCUGAGGGAGAACGAAUCCAACUGAACAUUAGAGGUCUUCAUAAAUGAGAUUGUAGACAAGAUGAGCAGCCAAUUAAAUAUAACGGUUAGGCCAGAAGUAAGAUUGGAUGCCAAGUGGUUGAAGACUGAUCUACAACGAUUCCUCUAUCGUGAUGGGUUGGCCGAAUUGUGGAAUGAGAUGGUACGAGAUGGCGAGAUUGUCGGUUCUUUCAGCGAUGGUUUAAUUAAUGCUGCAGGAAUUGUAGCAAAGAAAGGUGAAAAUGGCCAUUAUUAUUGUGGUAUGAGAGUGUUGUCUUGUCUUUGCUGUGAUGGAAUUUGUGGCCCACAACAUGGCUGUAAUUGUACUCCUUGUCAGAAAUUGGAUGAGGAGGACACUGCAAGGACAACAGCGAUGGUCGAAAAAGCUAUGUCUGCCAAGCGGAUAAUGGACUCGUGGCUCUGGGGACCACAGCCAUCAUUAACGGACUUGAAAGGAUGCAUCGAUUUAUCGAUUAAGGAGCAACGGAAGCUGUGUUGCGAAGUCGCAAAUAGCACGUUAUCUGCAACACGUUUAAGACAACGUCUGAUAGUCGCUCGAAGAUAUUUCACCGCUUUGUCUCGUCAUAAGCCACAAGAGAUCAAAGAUACCUCAAAUUUACCAAAGUCUAUUGGAAAAUUACAAAAAACGCCGAGACCUAAUGAAAAGGCGACCUUAGGAUUAGCGCGCGUUGGUUCACGCGCGGCCCUCAAUUUCUCAUUCGCGUACUUAAGACGGGCUUGGAGAUCUGGGGAAGAUGUCGAAUUUUGUAGUGAAUUAUUGACCGAAUCGUUGGAAGCGCUGCAAUCGUUACCGGAGGCGACUCUCUUCGAUGAGAGUAAUGUUUCUCAAGUUUGGUUGGAAGUUGUAGAAAGAUCAGCAAAAUUUUUAAGACAAGUUGUCACAGGGGAGGUAACCACCGGACGAUCAUGGCGUCCAGUGCCAUUGUCAGAUCAGCAUACCGCUCUUUGUUUACUACUGGAAUUGGUUGCACAAAGAGCUACUCUCUCUAGUUUAUUAGAUUCUGUGGUUUUACUACUCCAUCUUAGUGGUAAACACAAGAAUCAAGACAAUCGAGUCACUCCACCUGGAAGCACGGCACCGCUUGUCCCGCUAUUACGGCGGUUGAAUAUGAUACCAGCGACAAAAUCUCGUAGACAUCUUGACAGAAAUGUGACGCCUGGGCCCUGCGAAGUAUUACUUAAGUAUUUACGAUUGCCGGAUGACGACGCUGUAUCCGUCGAUUUGAGAAAAGCCGCAGUUAUUAUAAUGUGCAAUUUAAGUAGAUUGGCCGCUCCUCUUUUGCCACCUGCUAACGCCGAGUAUGGAUUUCCGAGGAAUGGGAAUGGCAGACAAACGUAUCAGGAGGUGCUAGCUUGGGGCGGUGUAAAGUUUGGAAAUGGCUCUACUCCCUUUUAUUGCGACCCAAUUGCGGGAUUGGGCAUAAAGCAGCUGUGUUGCACCGAGCGAUCAUUAAUGAUCUUGUCGUUGAAUGGCAACGCUUACAACAUGUAUCACGGGUCCGAAACUCAAUAUCCGCUAAGAGUGCACGGUUUUUCCGAUAAGCCAAUCACGAUGAUCGCGUCUCAUGCAGACGGCAAGCAUUACUUAGCAUUAACGCAAGAUGGCUGUGUGUAUUCUUGGGGCAACGGAGACGGCGGUAGACUGGGACACGGUGACACCGUCUCAUACGACGAGCCGAAAUUGAUCGAGUCACUUCUAGACAAGAACAUCGUGUUUAUAGCAUGUGGCAGCACGUACUCGGCGGCGUUAAGCGCCAGCGGCGAAUUAUACACUUGGGGAAGAGGAAAUUACGGUAGAUUAGGUCAUGGUAAUUUCGACGAUGUUUUGACCCCAACGUUAGUGACAACGUUGAAGGGCCACACGGUCGUGCACGUGGCCUGCGGUAGCGGUGACUCUCAAACAUUGUGCGUGACCGCAUCCGGCAUAGUCUUUUCUUGGGGAGACGGUGAUUAUGGAAAAUUAGGCAGAGGAGGCACGGACGGAUCCAAAACUCCAAAGAUCGUCGAUAAGCUACUGGAUAUCAACGUGGUGAAGGUGUUUUGCGGCGGUCAGUUCUCUGCAGCGUUGACGGCUCAUGGGGAAGUUUACACGUGGGGAAAAGGUGAUGCGUAUCGCCUAGGUCACGGCAGCGAGGAACACGUCAGAUAUCCCAAAGUCAUCGAAUCGUUGAGAGAUAAGAAGAUCAAAGACUUGUCCGUAGGCACCACCCAUAUAUUAGCGCUAACGGAAGAUCAAUUUGUUUACGGAUGGGGUAGAAACGAUUACGGUCAAAUCGAUCCCACGUUAGGUCCUGUUGUUUCUGAGCCUACAUUAUGUCCAACGUUAUCCUCGAAGACUGUCAUCGGUUUGGCGUCAGGUCCGACUCAGAGUUUUGCCUGGUGCAUGUCAGCGUGGUCAGGCGGAGCUAGCAGAGUGGCCUUCGUCGUCGACAUAUGCGAGGAGACUUUUCAACUGUUGGACACGCUCCUGUCGAAGUCGUGCGAGGGCUUACCAGGAAUACGACCACCUACGCAGGAUCGCGAGUGCUUGGCCGUAGCUACGUUGAACUUACUUCGAUUACAGCUGCAUACCAUGUUGACGCAUAAUAUUGACACUAAAUCCGUUGGACUCGCAACUAGCAGUCCGCUAUUAAGCUCGUUAAAGCAACGCUGCGUCAAUCUGGCAAGCGGAACCGGGAUAUUAGCGACGAUACAAGAAGCAGCGCAAGCGGUCCUACAAACGGGCUGGAGCAUCCUACUGCCAACGGCUAACGAGCGUGCAAAGACCCUGUCUAGUUUCUUGCCAAAUACCUCGAACAACGUGGAACAAUCUAGUUCAGCAAAUAUGUACAUAAAUAGUGGACAACGGUUCAUGGCAGAUUUAUUGGUAUCUAGUCUAAUGGUGGAUGGUGGAUUAGAGUUAGCGUUGAAAGCUGCGAUCAAGGUGGAAAUAGCAGACAUGCCGGACGAGAAGGAUUUUCUUGAUGUGGGCACGUCAAACGUCGUCAAAGUGAAAAUCGAAACGAGACAGGGUAUGAAAGAUGGUUUCAAUUCUGGAAAGAACAUGACGACUAUCUCUCUUCUUCAAUUAAUACAGCAAUUAAUUAGAAACGGUACGUGCAUUACGCAAUCUAGACUACAAGGGUCGUCGCAGCAGAUGGAUCGAAACGAGCAUCUUCGAAGAUUCGAUAAUUCGCCUAGUCUAAAUCUUCUACUGCGUUUCCAACGGUUGUUAAUCGCGCAGGUGUACGAAUGUAUCACGCGCAAGUCGCGCACGGAAGAUUUACACGAUCAAGAAAUGAUGGGUGCGGAGUCGCUGCUGAAAAAAUAUAUUGCACAGAUCUGUGACCAUGCAACCGAGAUACUGCCAUUGGCGGCUGAAAUAGGUGGUCGUUCCGUCAAAGAUUUUAUCUUCAUCGCUGGUAUCCUGAAAGGCGAUAUAAUCAACGUAUUGCUUUCCGAACUAGUGACUUGCUUGAUAUUGCUACAAGUAGAUUACUCUAUGCUGCUUAUCGAUAUGAACUGGAUGGAAGUGAUCGCACCGAUUUUGGACUCGCUGGACCAUUUUGUGAAACUGGCGCCGACGAUGGAAAAGAACGAGGCGGACGAUUUGUCCUGGCCGGGGAUCAUUGCGCCACUACAUGGAAAUAAGAUCCAGGAGGAGCCUUCCUUGAUACGGUGGGCAGACUUGGAGAACCACAAUCGCGACGGCGGCCUCUGGGUAGUGGUAAAUAACAAUGUCUAUGACGUGCAAGAUAUUAGAAACGACGGCUCCUGGUCUCCUUACGAAGUGCUACAACGGUACGUCGUCGGGCGGGAUGAAACUUCGGCGGUUACGCAAUGCGGCGCACCGUAUAGUCAACUGUCGCCACCGCGGGGUAUGAUGGAUUCCUGCUUUGUCGGUCAUUACUGUCAAGCUGAGCCCGACGAGAACGCACGAGUCACGAUUGAGGUCACCGAUGUCUGCUCGUCUCUGCUGGACACGGAAAGAGCUUUAGGAUUUUUGCUGGGCUUGCAUGCCUACCGAAUGCGACAGAGUCUGACGCUUCAAUCAGCAGAGAAAGAAGCCGGCGUAUGGCUCACCGCGAAUUUCUUGCGGGGUGGGCUGCAAGUCUUACAACCGCCGAAUCCAUACGAGGAGGAGAAAGACGAAGCGAGAAGUAAUACGUCGACUGCCGCUAACUCGCCCACGGAACCGCCGCUCCCGGUACACGCGAAAAACGAGCAGCAAAAGGAGCAUGACGACCGAACGAUCGCGUUUAUCCACACAUUAGCCGAAGCGCAUAAAACUGACGACGGUCACGUCCGAGCAUUUUUAACGAUAGUCGACAGAUACUCCAAAGCUAACAAUCUAUUCUCUCAUGCUGAUUUCUGUGGCGAUCAUCCGGUCGAGGAAAUUAGUCGUGUUCUGAUGGCUGUGAUUAUAAAACACCUUGGUCUCGGGCAGCAAGCGCUCACGUUAGCGGAACAGGAAUUAAAGACUGCUAACAGCACGAAACUGAGCAAUCAGUUAGCCGACAUGGCGCGAGCGAUUUAUCAGACCAAGUGGAACUUGGUGCGGAUUAGACAGCAACAGAAUCGCAGUUACAAGGAAGUCUGCGCGCCCGCGCAGGAGAGGUGCCGAUUUCUUCUGUAUGAGGUCAGAUCCGCGACGAGUUAUGAAGUUAAAGGGCUCGAAGAUUUGAAAUUACUACAUACCGUCCCUAGAUUCAAGAGAGCCGCUCGCACGGUCUUAGCCGAUAUUCAUAAAAAUAAAGAUUCAUCCGGUGGAGGCGGUAAGCCGGAGGAUAUCUUGAACGCGUCGAUACAAAACGCUAAAACGAAAAACAAACCAGACGGGGACACAAUGUCCUCCUCUAAGGAAGGUCUGACCGCGACGACUUCCUCCUCCACGAAACUGGAAGAUAUAUCGGAUAUAAAGAAUAAAAUUAUGCAGAUGACCGAAAAGAUUCGGUGCGGACCGAUAUGGGAUGCUGCCGAUUACAACGGUUUAAUGACAAAUAUUAUCGAAUUCGUGAUCAACGAUGGCAUUGGCGGGGACGUCGAGACGUUGCGCCGUGCGAUGUAUUGCCAAAUGCAACGCGCCCGUGUACGAGAACAAGGUAUCUCCAUGAUGCGAGAAUUAUUGAAAAAAGACUACCUGAUACCAUCGGUGAAGUAUUCUUUGCUUAAUGGUUGGCUCGGCUUGACCUACGAGAACAAGUCUCUCAGCGACGGAAUCACGCAUUGCUUGUAUAAUAUACAGUUAACGACCCCGUAUCAAAAAUCCAAAGUUAUUCUAGCCGAGGCUGAAGUAAUCUCAUGGGCGAUACAAGCUUUACGGACGUACGUCGUACAGGCGGAGCUGCCGAACAAACAGAAGGUCAGCGGGAAGAGCAGCUUGAAUCAAGGUACUUAUACUUGGUUACGAAAGUUACCGAGAGCGAGAUUCCUGUUGACUAUCCUCGGUAUGCUGACCAAUCACCAGUGUGCCAAUGAAAUCGGAUUGCUGGUUAAUUCGGGCCUGUUAUCGAGCAUCUUAACUUUGCUGAGGCAAAUUGGACCAUCGUCGGCAAGUUUUUGCGAGGGCAGCGAGGGACAGGGACAGCAAGGCGCAGACGGCGAGGCACCGAAAGUUAAGACGGAAAUUACGGCAAUUUACGAGGACACGCUUCAAAAGAACAAACCGCCGACUGUACAACUGAGCGGGAUGGAGUUGGCGGCGUUGAUGAAGGUUGGCACUCGAGUUGUACGAGGAGCCGAUUGGAAAUGGGGCGAUCAGGACGGCCCACCUCCCGGCGUAGGUAGAGUUAUUGGCGAACUCGGCGAGGACGGGUGGAUAAGAGUUCAGUGGGACAACGGUGCAACGAAUUCGUAUCGCAUGGGUAAGGAAGGUAAAUACGAUCUAAAAUUGGCCGAUCCACCGACACCACCCGAUGAGGAUAGCGACGAGACCGAUAGUGAUACCUCGUUCGAUGGGAAUAAAAUGGAGAACGUCGGUUUUCAUGGAGAAGAUCUACACCCAACUACAUGCCUCAAGUCGGCAUCAACGAACUUGUUACGGAUAAUUUUACUCUCCUGCGGCGUAGAAGCGGAUAAAGUACCCACGAUAGCUAUCAAAAUCCUCACCUCCACUUUGCAUGGAAUAAUAUCGACUGCGAACAAAUCUGGCGAAUCAACCAUGCAUGUUCAAUUAGCGAGGCAGCAUCACGAAACUUGGGCAACCUUUAGUCUUUUAAGGGCGAUUGCGAAAUCGACGGGAUUGUGCAAAUCCUUGAGUUCGCAAACCUGGCUCAAUCUUCUUCUAGGCAUCGUCGUUGACGAUGCUAAACCUUGUCUCGAGAAGCAAAUUAUGAUCACGAAAUUAUUAGCAGCUGUUCUACCUUCGUGGGGGACAAACGCAGUUUUGAGCGAUAUGAUACAAUUUUUAGAAAAGUUCUUUGGAAUAUUGGGGCAAGUGGCGCUUACGUGCGACAUCGCUGCCGGUUCUGAGCUUCACUCGAACAAAUGUCGUAUGUCCUUGACCGCGUCGUACGGUUCUACGGUAGCUGAAGAAAUAAUAUGGUUGAUUAGAUUCUUGCAUUCUCUUCCUGGCUGGAACGAAGCUAUAAAUAGAUUUCUCUGCUCGAAGUUAACAUUGACGGUAGAUCUCUGGAAUGACAGCUCACUAUACCACAUACAGAUGAAUGAGAACGGUGGCGAAAAUGGUGUCUUCAUUCAACGGACAGUCAUGGCGACUCUCGUUGUUCUCGGUGGUUUGGAUAAUAGAAUAAGAAUUGGCGGUUUGGUGAAUUCGGACGGCGAAGUAGGCACAGUAUGCAAGUUCACAAAACAUUCGAAGAUCGUUAUACAGCUGUGGAAUGGUAACGGAACACGGAAAAUAGUGCCGUUCCAUGGAGUGAAGCGGAUUAAUGAAAAAUUCCAAUUGGAGAGGAUGCCGUUAACAGAGACGCUUAUAUCUGUCUGGGCAAAUUUAUUUUUGGGUAUUGCUUGCUUGGAUAAACGACCUGGUGGUAUGCCCGUUAUCGCUGGCUCCGUCAACGCGGCGAUAUUACGAAGUCAACAGCAACAACUUGCGGCCUUGAACGCCGGGAAAGCCAUGCUCGCCUAUCAAUCGAAGUUGCGGAAGAUCUUAAAGUAUCCAUUAGCUAAUGAAAUCAACGACGAUGAGAAACGUGCCUCCACGCUUUUGCAAGAAAUGUUAUUACGCGCCACAAAGCCACAACCACUAAAACCGAUAUUUAAGCGUAGGGAGUUGGAGGAGGCCGCUCUGGCAGUCUCUCAAUAUCUAGUCUCUGAAUCGAGGCAUACACCUAUCCAACGAACCGGCAUAACUUCGGAUCCUACUACCCCUACAUCUGACUGCUCGUUAGUCUCCUUAACGUCGAGCCAGAGAAGACAUUGUAAAAAUACAACAGCGAGAAGAAGCUCCGCAGCGGCACCUGUAAGUCCUUUAGUAGCUCAAUUAAUCGAAAUGGGCUUUCACAGGAAGAGCGUUGAAUUCGCUAUCAAAAGCAUGAGCGUCGCUGAGCAAGGCAGCGUAACGGCAGAAAGUGUGGUGGGCUGGCUGCUGGAAAAUCCGGAUGCUGCCCUUAGUGACUCAGAGACCUUGUCCAGCUUGGAGGGACUGACUGAUGGCAGUGACGAUUCGAUUAGUGAAGAUUUGGACGAUUCACCGUCGGGGCAAGAGGGUGCUAUGGGUGGUAGUGUACCGCCGACGUAUAUGAAACGCUCAGAUUUCCUGUCAGUCGACGAGUAUGCGAUUUACGUUCGCGACAACGUAGUUCCGAAUAUGCUGGUACGAUGUUGUAAGAGCUACGAGGAAGUGGAGUACGGCGAUGUCGGCCAGGUAGUGAAGAUCGACGCGGAGAACUUGCAUGAUCUGAAUGCUCAAGUUGCGUGGCAACGAAAAGGUGGCACAUACUGGGUACGUUUUAUCCACAUAGAAUUACUUGGAUUUCCGCCGUCAUUGCCAGGUCCACCGCCUGCGUUGAAAGUCGGGGAUAAAGUUAGAGUUAAGGCAUCGGUUACUGAACCGAAGUAUAAUUGGGGAUCCGUAACUCAUCAUUGCGUCGGAGUAGUCACAGCGAUAAAUAAUGGCAAGAAUGUAACUGUAGAUUUUCCGCAGCAACAUGGAUGGACCGGUUGCGUCGCCGAGAUGGAAAAGGUACCAUCCUGUCACCAUUCUGUGAUCUGUAACUCGUGCUGCCUGUCGCCGAUUUCCGGUCCGAGAUUCAAAUGCAAGUACUGCGACAAUUAUAAUCUGUGCGAGAAUUGUUUCUAUACCAAGCGAUCGCACCGACACGGUUUCAAUAGAAUUGCGGAACCUGGCUCGGCAGCUGUUUAUGCCGGAAGGCCAGGCAGAUACCACAGGCAAGAUCUGUCAGAAUCGUAUUUAAUCGACGAUUGGUCCAAGUGCAUCAGGACUUUGAGUGUAUCUUCGCGAGAAAAUUGGGCGACGCGUCUGGUAGACGGAUCCGGAAAAUAUUGGCAAAGUUGCGGGUCGCAGGGCAAACACUGGAUUCGCUUAGAAAUGUUACCUGGCAUCUUGAUACAGUCCUUGAAGAUUAUCGUCAAUCCACAGGAUAGUAGUUACAUGCCUUGUGUAAUAGCGGUCAAUGUAGGAGAUUCAUUCACUAAUUUAGUGGAAUUUAGAACGAUAAGUAUACGUUAUUCAGAUACUAGCGUUACAUUACUUCAAGAUAUUAAAGAAUAUUAUCCAUGUGUCGAAAUAGCGAUAAAACAAUGUCGAAAUGGCGGUAUAGAUUGCAAGAUACAUGGUUUGCGCAUAAUUGGCCGUCAGAACAUGUUCGAGAAUCAGCUGACAACCUCGGUAUCUUUUCUUGCGUCCGAUUGGGAAGUUUUGCAAGAACAAGUGGCAAUACAACGUAGUACCGAUACACCGCCUCAGCAAUCAGCCGUUUACGUUUGGGGCUUGAACGAUAAGGAUCAACUGGGAGGUCUGAAAGGAUCUAAAAUCAAAUUACCAAUAUAUAGCGAAGUUCUUUCAAAAUUAAAACCUAUUCACAUAGCCGGAGGGAGUAAGACUCUUUUUAUUGUUAGCCAAGAGGGCAAGUUGUACGCUUGCGGGGAAGGAACGAAUGGCAGGCUAGGUCUAGGAGACGAUAACAAUGUAUGCGAACCGAAAGCCAUACCUUUUCUGAGUCAAUUCGUGAUCAAGAAAGUGGCGGUACAUUCAGGCGGGAAGCACGCCCUGGCGCUCACUCAAGACGGUAAAGUUUUUUCGUGGGGCGAAGGCGAGGACGGCAAAUUAGGACACGGAAAUUGCAUAUCGCUAGAUAAACCGAAGCUUAUCGAAAUACUUAAGUCGAAGAGAAUUCGAGACAUCGCUUGUGGAUCAGGACAUUCGGCGGCAAUCGCGAGCAACGGUGAACUGUACACCUGGGGCUUAGGCGAGUACGGUCGACUAGGUCAUGGAGACACUAUCACACAAACAAGACCAAAAUUGGUGCAAGCUUUAGUUGGACAGAGAGUCGUUCAAGUAGCUUGUGGUAGCAGAGAUGCUCAAACUAUGGCUUUGACCACCGACGGUUGCGUGUAUUCUUGGGGCGAUGGUGAUUUCGGUAAGCUCGGUCGAGGUGGAAGCGACGGCUGUUAUACACCUUUAGCGGUAGAUCGAUUGAACGGUUUGGGCGUCAUACAAGUUGAAUGUGGUGCACAGUUUUCCCUCGCCUUGACGAAAUACGGCGAAGUAUGGACGUGGGGAAAAGGAGAUUAUUUCCGUUUAGGUCACGGUAAUGAUCACCACGUUAGGAAGCCCACGCUAGUCGAAGGCCUGCGAGGCAAGAAGAUUAUUCAUGUAGCAGUUGGUGCGUUACAUUGUCUCGCAGUGACCGAUACCGGUCAAGUGUACGCUUGGGGUGAUAAUGAUCACGGACAACAAGGCAAUGGCGCGACGAGCGUCAACAGAAAACCAUCAUUGGUGCAUGAUCUGGAGGACGCGAGAGUGAAUAGAGUAUCUUGCGGUUCGAGUCAUAGCAUAGCUUGGGUAUUAGUCGACCAACCUAGCAACGGGAACCAAGAUCCAGUUACAUUUCCGACGGUGAGAGAUCCAUUGGGCCAGAUGUGUCUGGGCCUGAAUAACGCGCCGGAGCAAAACGGCGCAGUUGCUACGACAAGUGACGUCGUUGCUACGAGGCCGUCGCUCGCCAGUAUAAUACUCUCCUUAGAGAGCAACGUUGCGAAACAACAAGCUUUACAACAUGUGAUAAAUGCUCUUCUCAUUAUGCAGGCGCGAGUGGCGAUAGUAACAGCUUUGCAGAGCCAUUCGAUGCUGAACGGAUGUGCGUCGAUGAAGCACGCGCCAAUAGCACCGGUAACGGACGUGAUACCACCGUCGGAGGUGGCUAUGACAUCGAGUACCGAACACGCAGUUUAUCAAAAUGUUGGCGACAUUGCGCAAGGCGGAGGAGAGGCUCCGGCGAACGUCGCCGAGGCCGUCAAUGUAGCCACUAGUCCCAAGCUAACUCCUGAAUCAGAGGAUUAUCCGUUAGCUAUGUUAGCUAUGUCCAUGUCCAGCUCCGCCAGUUUGUCUUCGCGUGCCUCAAGGAUGUCGACAAGUGCGAUGAGUGUUAUAGCUGCCACUUUAACAUCCAAUGCGCAAGUGGUAGGUGAGGAUGGCGCGACAGGCUCUGGUUUAGACGAAUUCACGUCGGCGUUAACGGAAGAUGAUGCGAGAGUUCUGGUAGACCUGUUGAAGUUAGCAGUAGCCAGCAGAGUCUGCGCGUCGGCCAAAGAAACGGUAUCGUCGGUACUGAUUUCUCUAGGAAAGGUCAACAGCUCUAUCGGCAGUAUGCUUCUGGAACUAUGUGUCACGGAGCUAGAGGAUACUGCGGCGAACAGUAACUGUGUCAAUAACACACCACAACCCGUAGUGCAAGAAACUCCACACCCUUACAUAGACGACACUACGUUAACCGGCCAUGUGAAGAUACCCGGCGCGGAGGCGCUCCGAGUAGAAUUCGAUCGACAGUGUUCCACGGAGAAGCGGCACGACCCGCUCACGAUAAUGGACGGGAGCGGUAGAGUGGUGGCAGUCAGAUCGGGCAGGGAGUGGACUGAAUGGGGCCCAGAAAUCAAGAUCCAAGGAGAUGAGCUGAGAUGGCGAUUCUGUUCCGAUGGGUCCGUCAACGGUUGGGGCUGGAAGUUUACGGUGUAUCCUAUUGUGGCGAAAACAGCGCCGUACGAGCUCGGAUCCGACAGAGCGGUGUUAUCGCAGCCGACCAUAGCUCUGGCUGAACAUCUCCUCAUGGACAACAGUCUGAUAAAUUCCGACAGAAACGUUGCCUCGCGUUUAGCCACCGCUCUUGGUCAGUGUAGUCAACUGAGCACUCUGUCCGCGCAGCAGAGAAUGUGGGCAUUGAAAAAAUUACAGGUGGUUUACACAAAUGGACCAGGUAUAAGACCCGAAGUCGCACUUUCGUCUUUGCUUGGUUCCCUGCCGCAAGCGCUUUUAAGACAAUACGCAUACGAGGAUCCUAUGGUUAGAGGUGGCAAGCAACUAAUGCACAGCGACUUCUUCAAGGUUCUCGUAGCGCUCGCGUGUGAUCUUGAGCUUGACGGAAUGCAAUUCUGUUCUGAAGUGCACAAGUGGUCCUGGUUCCGAAGAUACUGUCUCGCCGCCCGCGUGGCGAAAUCGCUUGUCGACCGCACCCCUCUGCCAAAGGCGUUCUGCCAUGAGGUUACGAAGCAGCUCAACGAGAUGGCGAUGGACGGAGACGCCGAUUGUACGAAGGAUCAUGAGAAUCACAAUAUAUUCAAACAGGGACACGACGAGCAGUUGCUGCAGUGGCUGAAUCGUCGUCCGGAAGACUGGACAUUAUCGUGGGACGGAUCAGGCGCGAUUUAUGGAUGGGGUCACAAUCAUAGAGGUCAGCUAGGAGGCCUGGAGGGUCCGAAAGUCAAGUUACCUGCACCAUGCGAAAGUCUAUCUGCGCUCAGACCGAUCCAACUGGCUGGCGGUGAACAGACUUUGUUUGCCGUAACAGCCGAUGGAAAGGUUUAUUCGACUGGCUACGGAGCUGCAGGACGUCUCGGGAUAGGAGGAACGGAUUCCGUUAUGAUCCCGACGCUACUGGAAUCGAUACAGCAUGUAUUCAUCAAGAAGGUUGCUGUUAGCUCGGGAGGCAAGCAUUGCAUCGCUCUGAGUUCGGAGGGUCAUGUGUAUUCUUGGGGCGAAGGCGAUGACGGCAAGCUAGGACAUGGUAAUAAAGUAUCGUAUGAUCGGCCGAAACUGAUCGAGGAUUUACUCGGCGUAGAGAUCGUGGAUAUAGCUUGCGGUGGUCAUCAUAGCGCUGCUAUUACAAGUGCUGGUUGGCUGUACACAUGGGGAAAAGGACGAUACGGACGUCUUGGACACGGUGACAGCGAUGAUCAAUUACGACCGAAGGUGGUGGAGGCUUUGCAAGAUUACAAAGUGAUUGAUGUAGCAUGCGGAAGCGGUGACGCGCAAACGCUUUGUGUAACUGAUGAUGAUAAUGUGUGGAGUUGGGGCGAUGGAGAUUAUGGAAAGUUAGGUAGAGGCGGAAGCGACGGAUGCAAGGUUCCACUGAAGAUAGAUUCUCUGGCCGGUUUGGGUGUAGUUAAAGUUGAAUGCGGUAGUCAAUUUUCAGUUGCUCUGACGAGAUCUGGAGCAGUUUAUACCUGGGGUAAAGGGGACUAUCAUCGUUUAGGCCAUGGCACAGACGAUCAUGUACGUAGACCACGUAAAGUAGCUGCAUUACAAGGAAAGAAAAUCAUUUCAAUAGCGACGGGCUCUUUGCACUGUGUCGCAUGUUCUGAUAAGGGAGAAGUUUUCACUUGGGGCGACAACGAUGAGGGUCAGCUCGGCGACGGUACUACGAGCGCGCUUCAUAGACCAAGAUUGGUGCACGCGUUGCAGGGCAAGAAAAUCACGAGAGUCGCUUGCGGUAGUGCGCACACGUUAGCUUGGAGUACCGCGAAAGCUACGCAAAGCAGAAUGCCGGCAUCCACGCCCAUGGAAUACGAUCUCGUUAAAGAUCUGUCAUAUUCCGUACUACGCAAUAGACUGGUGUUAUUACAUCAUUUCGCGGAACUUUUAUGUCCCGCUUUGGCUAUGUUUCCCAUCACCGGGCAUAUUGGAUUGAGUAAAUUAGCGCCUAUGUUGGUAUAUAGUAUAAAGGAAGCAACAUUCCGCAAAGUUAUUCAAGCUACGAUGGUCAGAGAUCGUCAACAUGGACCUGUGAUCGAAUUGAACAGGAUACAAGUAAAAAGAGCUAGAGCAAAGGGUGGAUUAGCUGGUCCAGAUGGUAUAAAAUCUGUCUUCGGACAAAUGAUGUCAAAGAUGUCUCUCUUGACACAGGACGUACUGUUUCUACCUCAUAGAGUAUGGAAAGUGAAAUUUGUGGGAGAGAGCGUCGAUGAUUGCGGUGGUGGAUACAGCGAGAGUAUUGCAGAGAUGUGCGACGAAUUGCAAAAUGGCUCCUUGCCGUUGUUUAUACCUACACCAAAUGGUCGCGAAGAUAAUGGCACCAAUCGGGACUGCUUUUUGUUGAACCCAAUGGCCGACUCCCAAUUGCACAUGAAUAUGUUACAGUUCUUAGGCAUUCUAAUGGGCAUUGCUAUACGAACCGGUAGUCCAUUGAGUUUAAAUUUAGCCGAACCAGUUUGGAAACAACUCGCAGGUAUACCUCUGACACCUGCCGAUUUGACGGAAGUCGACAGGGAUUAUGUCCCUGGAUUGCUUUGUAUCAGAGACAUGGAUCCCGACGAGAAGGUAUUCCAAACUUUAGAAAUGCCAUUUUCCACACCUUCCGCUGCAGGGCAUGAUGUUGCAUUGUCUAACAGAUAUCUUAAAAUAACACCAGAAAAUAGGCAUGAAUAUGUAAGAUUGGCGUUAGACUAUAGACUACAUGAAUUUGAUGCUCAAGUAGCAGCUGUGCGAGAAGGCUUAUCGAAAGUCGUUCCUGUGCCCUUAUUGGCACUAUUUAGCGGUGCUGAACUUGAAACAAUGGUUUGCGGCAGUCCAGACAUACCGCUUAAUUUAUUAAAGUCCGUUGCAACAUAUAAAGGUAUUGAAGCGAUUGCACCGCUUGUACAGUGGUUCUGGGAAGUUAUGGAUGAAUUUUCCAAUCAAGAAAGAUCGCUUUUCCUUCGUUUUGUUUGGGGUAGAACACGUUUGCCGCGCACAAUCGCAGAUUUUAGGGGCAGAGACUUUGUUUUACAAGUAAUGGAUAAGUACAACCCACCGGACCAGUUUCUUCCCGAAAGUUACACUUGCUUUUUCCUUCUGAAAAUGCCGCGAUACUCGUGUAAAGCAGUUCUACGACAAAAACUGAAAUACGCGAUUCAUUUUUGUAAGAGCAUCGAUACUGACGAGUACGCUCGAGUACAAGCCGCAACCAAUUCCGACACCGAAGAUACAGAUAGUUUAGCGAGCGAAGAACACACUUCGCUUUAAAUCAUUCAUUACGUGAAAUGGUUAUUUGUGUUUGAAGUGACAUUUCCGUUCCAACUUCUUUAAAGAUGUGUUCACAGAUUCUUCAAAAAAAGUCCUAUUUUUCUUACACAAUAUAUUUAUAUAUAUGCUACCACAUUAUGCUAAUAUACUUAAAUACAUAUACUGCUUUUGUAGCACGACCAGUUUAUUGUAUAGUAGAUGUUAAUAAGAUUAAAUAAAUCACUAAGAUUAUUAGGGUUCCCUUAGUCAGUAAUAUUAUUUACUUUAUAGCUAAAUAUCAAAUGAUUAUUUAAUUUCGAAAUUUUUUACUAGUUUUAGUCAAAACUGUUAGCGUUCAAGAAAUAGUUCGUAUAACGUCGUUAUACAUUUUAAGGUACGUCUUAGAAAUAUAUUACGAUUUACAAAGCAGAAAA